UAGAAUGUUUACUUAGUAAUUAGAAUCGAUAACAUUAAAAUUGAUGAAAAUUGUUGUUGUUGAAAGUUUUUACGUGAUAUUGGUUAACGCAAAGGCUAGUUAUGCAUGGGACAUUCCCAAUACUCAUUCACUUAUACAUCGGGUCAGUAAAGCAUUACAUUUUUGUUAUAAUGUACGUAGAAGUUAACAUCUAUUGAUUAUGUGUUGAUUAACGCAAACGGACACACUUUUAAAGAUAGAAAUGAACUGGAUUCCUUUUCUAGUCUUUGCGAUACAUGUAGUCCUUAUUGCUGGCUUCGUUAAGAAAUGUCCCAACAGAGAACAAUUUGACGUUGUAGCGGAAUUGAAUUGCCCAGAAAAUUUGGAUCUUUUCCACUGCUUACCUGUGCUUCCAGACUACAACGAUGUAAUCUUUAUUUGCAAACCUCCAAAAUGGUUUGUCAAUGGAACUUUUGCUGUGUGGUCUCCGAAAUACGAGAAAAUUACAUCAGUCCCAUGCGAGAACAAUAGAUACCAAGAACUUCCUUACAAAUCAAAUGAUAGAUUUGCUUUUAAAUGUUCAAUGGGAAAGAACUUUUGUACAGAAAAAGGACAGGCUAAACUAUUACAUAACCUUAAAACCGAAGAUAAUCUCUGUUUCUGUUCGGAUGGUUACACAUUUCUAACAGAACCUAAGAAUGGCACAUACUGCAACCCGGAUGUUGAAAACUGCACUUGCAUUUGGGAAGGAAUAGAUCAGGAAUCGGAAAUUACCACAAAUGUGCAUUUUCUAAAUAGGAAAAUAGGAGAACUCUUGGUCAAUCAAACAGAUAAAGGCAAAGAAUUAAGUAAAAAAUCAGAGUACAAAUUUCAAAGUAUAUAUGCAGUGUUGAUAGCUGUUCUUGUGUGUGCAAUAUUAUAUUUAUCGGUUGUCAUAUUCAAAAUAGUAACAGCUAGAUCCAAGGAUAAUGACAAACACAUUACUCUUGAUUCUGUUAUCUGCUGUAAAACUAUAUGCCCUUUGUCUUUCAAUCAGCGGACAGUUACAGAUUCAGAAAUGGUUACAGUAAAAAGUGAAGAAGAGCAGAGUUUUCAGGUUUCUGAAACCUGCUGUUUUAUCAUGUGGUCUAUCAGCAGGCAAAAAGAUAAAAAAGAUCAACACAGAAAAUAUAUUAAGUCAACUGAAACUCAUCUUAUCGAUGAUAUGAUUAUCAAGCCUAAUGGAACGCUUCCAAUAAACAAAUCAGUUGAUAACACAGAUGAGAUUUUGUUGAUACUUGGGGAAACCAGAAAGGAAUGAAGCUUGGAAUCAAAAAGUUCCCACGAUCUGUUGAUGUGUUCAUUGAAAUAUUUCAUUGGUUGAAAUGACUUAUCUUUUUUUUUUUGAGCUAUUAAAAUCGACUUAUUUCUUUUGA